AUGAUUCAAACCCCGUGGCAUCACCAUACCCGCCAAACCCCAUCGCCACCCAACCUUUAAAAACCCCAGCCACCGCCAAACCCCCAACCAAAUUCCUACAAUGGAGGGAGGAUCCCACACCAUACAAGUCAGCGGCAUGCAAUUCUCCUACGACGCCACUUCCCCUAUCUUUUUCGAUUUCAAUCUCAACGUAUCUCCCGGCUCCCGCUGCCUCCUCGUCGGCGCCAAUGGAUCUGGAAAGACCACUCUGCUGCGGAUACUGGCGGGGAAGCACAUGGUGGGCGGCCGUGAUGUGGUCAGAGUGCUCAAUCGAUCCGCCUUUCACGACACUGAUCUCGUCUGCAACGGUGAUUUGGCCUAUUUGGGGGAAUCUUGGAGCAAGACUGUCAGCUCUGCUGGGGACCUUCCGCUUCAAGGGGACUUCUCAGCCGAACAUAUGAUCUUUGGAGUUGAAGGUGUUGACCCUGUUAGGCGGGAUAUGCUGAUCGAACUUUUGGAUAUUAAUCUUGAGUGGCGAAUGCACAAAGUUUCUGAUGGCCAAAGGCGUCGCGUGCAAAUUUGCAUGGGUCUUCUUCAUCCUUAUAAGGUACUUUUGCUAGAUGAAGUCACUGUUGAUCUAGAUGUUGUGGCUAGGAUGGAUUUGCUGGAAUUUUUCAGGGAAGAGUGUGAGCAGAGAGGAGCAACAAUUGUUUAUGCAACUCAUAUUUUUGAUGGACUCGAGACAUGGGCAACUGAUCUUGUGUAUGUUCAAGAUGGUACAUUGAGGAAGUCUGAGAAGGUGGCCGAGCUCAAUGAACUGAAGCAUAACCCAAAUUUACUCUCUGUUGUUGAGUCAUGGCUACGGUCUGAAACAAAGAUUGAGAAGAAGAAGCCAAUUAACUCCCCAUCCCCGCUCAAAACAUCUUCCCCAUUCGAUGCUUCUCCUUUUAGGUCUACAAGACAUAUGGCGUAUUACCGUUGAUCUACACACAUUUCAGAGGCACCGCAUAGCAACAUUUCUUUUACCCUAUAUUUUGCUGCCUCUUCCUAAAAAUGUAUUGUUUUGAUUGGGAGAUCUUAUAGAGAUAUCAGGCCUCUGUUUAUUUCAGAUUUUUUUUUCUUGAUUUGUCUGGGGAAACUACCCAUGCAACACUGGUUAUACAUAUAGAUAUUAAUUAUGUUUGUGUUUUUUUGUGAAAGAAGUUUGUGAUU